AUGCUUGGCGUCGGCCUACCCGGCCCCGGCGUGGGCUUGGCUGGCGGCAGCAUCGGCGGUGCGCUAGGCGGCGGUGGCGCCACUUCACCUACCACAUCCACUGCCUCGGCAGGCAUCGUCGGUUGCGGCGGCAGCAGCGGCCUACUGGGCAGCGGCGGCCUGCUUCCCGGCUCUGCCUGCAGCACCUUGCCACAUCCGCCGUCUUCCGCCGCUGCGGCCGCCGUCGUGUCCAGCGCCUUGGCGGCGGCAUCGGCCACAUGCGCGGGCGUCGGCAGCGCAACGGCGAACUUGAAUAGAAAUCUAGUGAUAUUGCGCAAUCACUUGCGUAAAAAUACAAAUGUGGCGCCCGCAACGGCGGCGGUAGCGCCUGCGUCAGCGUCCACAGCGCUGUCCACACCGACGCACACGGGCGCAUUCAACGACAUCACGCCCACCAACACCAACACGAACACACUGAGCAGCAGCACAAUCAGCGCACACAUCAACAACAUCAAUACCAAUCUGGAUCGGGAUCAAUAGCCCAGCAGCAAAUGGCUUGGCGCUUUUAAUUUAGUUCGCUUAUUACGUUAUGUUAAUUAGAUGUAAAAAAUACGCAAAUUAAGUGUGGAGAGUAGCAUUAAAGUGAAAAUCAACACUUCAUUAUCAUAGUAUAACUGUACAUAGGUCUAUUUAUAGUUGUAUAUGUAUAUGUAAAUCGCUGUGAUGACGCGUUCGAAUAUGCUUCAGUUCAAAUGUACAGUUAAAAUAAAUAGUGCACUCACACACACUCAUACACGCGCACACACAUACAUGCAUUGUUAUUAUAGCAAACACAAAAAAAUAUAAAACAACGCUUUUAUAUAUUUAAAAAAAAAUUAUGUACAUAAAUAUAUAGUAUAACGGAUAUUUUGCAUUUGUAAUUUGAGUACUUCCUCAGGUGAUGGCAUUUAAUAAACAGCAUUUAAUUAUUGUAUGUUUUAGCGGCAAUUUUUAUGUACAAAAACUUCGCAGCAUUUAUGCAAAUUGAUUGAGAACAACGCGCUACAACAACAACAAUAAAAAAAUCCGAAACAGUUUAUUUAAAAGUAUUUAUAAAAACAUCAACAAAAGAAACGAAGAAAUUUGUGUUUUGCAAUUCGCAACCACAAACACACACACACAUACACAUACAAAUAAACAAUAAGAAAUUAAUAUAAUUAGAAUGUGCGUAUGCGCACACACGCACACACUUCUGCGUUAAAUGAAAUUAAAAGCCAACUGCACACACACACACAAGCACACCAUAAAUACGUGAUAUUUCAAUACGUCCAUGACUUUUUUGCUUCAAUUUGUCGUUACUUAUGUAUAGUUGGUUAGUAUUAAAAGCGCAUCGCAUUAAUUUAAUUGUAUUUGAAGUUUUUUCGCAUCACUUUUUCCACCUUUAUGCAUUUAAUUAUAGAAAUUAACGGCAUACGUUCAGCUACAAAAUAAGCUGUGCACGUUACUUACGCUUCUCCUGAAUUGUUUGCAAAUAUUUAAUUUAAAUACGCCAACAAAUAAAAAUAAAUAAAUAA